AUGGCAGAAUCAUACGUAAACUUGGAUAAGAGAUCAGCAGCAAUCUCAAAGACAGAGACAAGAGAGAAGAAUGGAAAGAAGUUUACAGAGUAUAUAGUAGAUAUUGUCGUUGACAAUGGAGAGGAAUAUAGCAUUGCAAGGAGGUUCUCUGAGUUUCUAGCAUUGAAUCAACUGAUGGUCCACAACUUCCAGAUUAAAUAUCCAUUCCCACCAAAGAAGUUGAAUAAGUUGAAUGCUACAUUGGUGGAGUCGAGAAGAAAGUCAUUGCAGGAGUUCCUACAACAUCUUAUUACAUGUCCAACAGCAUCAGUCAGACGAUCAACCGAUCUAGCUCGUUUCCUUGAUCCAACAAACCCAGUCUUUACAAACAAGUUGGUACACAAGAAGGUGACGUUGGAGGAUGUAAAUAAGAGGAAACAGAUGUUGGAGAUAACGGUUGUGGAGGGAAAGGAUAUCAAACAAGGUGCAAAGUCAAUGUGGGAUAUAGUGUCUUAUUGCGUUUAUGAUGUUGAUAAGCAGCCAGAGGAAACGAAUACAUUCAUUGGACACACUUAUAGGACGCCAACAAUACCAGGCCCCUAUCCCAAUUGGAACUACCGACAGACUGUCAACAUCAAGGACAAGAAGAAGCUGUAUCUCAAGGUCUACAGCUCACUGGACACCAACAGCACCACCAACACAAACAACAUUGCCAAUGGUGUUGCAGGUGGCGAAUCGACCGCCCCUUCAGUGAUUGGCACUGCAGAGCUUGCCUUCUCCAGUCUCUCACUCAACAACUACUCCCCAACCACCCAUUCUCUUCCAUUGGAGCCCAAAGGCAGUGGUGAACUAUUACUAUCCUUUAUCUUGGUCUAA